CUUUUUUUUUAAAAAGUAUUAUGAUAAUAUAGGUUGGUCACCUUAAUGGAGAGGUGAAAACAUAUAAUUUGGCAGAUUAGAGUACUGCAGGUGAAUUAAUGAAUUUUUUGAACUGUGAAUUGGCAUGUGAAGUUCAAUUGGUUUAAAGUGGUGAAUUAGUGAAUGCAUCAUCAAUAUUGGCUGGAGAGAGAAUCUAUUAUGUUACAGUAGAUGCAGAAGGAGGAAAGAAAAAGAAGAAGAAGAAGAAGAAUUUUGCAAAGCCCAAGAAGAAGAAGCACAGACACCGAAAAGUAAAAUUGGCUACUCUUAAAUUGUAUAAUGUUGAUAACAAGGGAGUAGUGUAAAGAUCACAUAAAUAAUGUCCAUAAUGUCCUUAAGGUGUUUAUAUGGCUAAACAUUUUGAUAGACAUUAUUGUGGAACAUGUCAUUAAACCUUUAGAAUGGAUGAAGCAACAGUAAUUAUAUUAAUUAAAUAUUUUAGAUUAGAGCUAAUUUAGAAGCAAUCAAAAAAUAAUAAGCUGCUAAAGCUGCUGCGGCUGCUGCUGCUGCUCCAGCUGGUGGUGCUGCAGAUAAAGGAGCUGCUGGAGGUAAAAAAGGAAAGAAGAAAUGAUAAAUAUUUAGUAUAUUAAUAAAUAAUGCAAUUCAAUUAAUC